AUGACUAGUCCGCAAGAGAGCCAUGACUUGGCAUUUCUACCUCACGAACUCUUCUGGAUGAUCCUGGUCUAUCUUGAUCCAACCGAAUUAGUCCGCUGUCGUCGCGUCUCACGUGCCUGGAACCAAGCUUUUAGUAACCCUGUCAUUCUACUGCCGCUUCUGAAGAAACAGUUCCCAUGGACAAAAGAAGUGGAAGAUCUGGGAUCGGAAGAUGUACUCCAAGAUAAAACCCAUGGCCGUCGUCUUUUUGACCAGGUCGCUUCACGAUACAGUCACUUAAAACGAGGCAAGCCCCGCUCGAUCCAGAAGUACCGCCUCUGCGAUGACUUUGGAAGCUCUGGAGACCGCGAAUGGUACCAAGUACAGCCAUGGGAGUCACACGCCAGUCAUGUGAGGCGCUUCGUUGAUCGUCAAUUCGCCGAGGCUCUAUGGACUGUCGAGGACGGGCUACUGGUCUACCCCAGCGCCGAGCAUCAAUGUCUCGUACUGAUGGAUUUAGAAACAGACCGGCAAUUUAUGGUGCCAAUUAUCAUCAACGGCAAGGUUGUUCGUCGGGUACGGCUACAGAAGCGCUUGCUCGUUGUUGAGUGGGCUGAACCAAAGGCCUUUCACUGGCUGAAUGACAGCGACGGUGUGCAUCGCCACUUUGCGUCCUCGUUUGAUGUAACCAGGAGUGACAACGAGGGCUGGAAUAUUAUACCGCGCAAUGAAUGGAAAAUCAUGUUCUUGGGACAUCCGCUGAGCGAGCGGGAUCGAUUCUUCUCCUCGCAUAGCAACACGCACUAUGUGAUUUAUAUCUGGCAACCCAAUCGCAGCUUGUACACUGCAGAUGAAGAUGCGCCUAUCGAGUCCCUGUUUGUCUGGGAUAUAUCAAAGACCUCAUCUUAUCGACCUUCAUUGGACCCCACGGGACGUCUGAGAGAGGACUCGCCCGAUGACUCCCCGUCAAUCGUGUCAAGGUUCGGAUUCCGAGACCUGGAAUUCUUUGAUAUCCGACAACGAGGCUGUCCAAGUAUCCAACGAUUGGAGGUCACAGACGAUGCCCAAGCGGUCGAAAUCACAGAGAAUAUUUGCAUCCGGCCGGAAGACCAACCACCCGAGCCCUUUGGGUUUCCUGAGCCCAUUAUUACAAGCAUACCCCUGGCUGGAAAUGGACCCCAUUGGCGCCGGGAAUGCAAUGAUAUUCUACCGCCCUACCGUGGUAACUGUAGCUUACAGGCGGAAAGUAUGAGCUUCGAUGGGUUCAUGGUGGACCCUUGGUUUGGGGUCAUUGCCCAGCUGACGAUACUCCAACCAAAUUUUGGUUUUUGUCUUCACUUCGAUCCUAUCAAUUGGAUUGGAAAUCAACGUAUUGAAUUGACUAUCCAAACACCAUGCUCAAGCGUCACUCGUGUCAAUUUGGAUUUUAUCGGCCGAGGAAAGCUCGCUGGCUGUGAGAGGUACAUUGUGGGUGAGAACUGCAAUCGGGAGCUAGUAAUUUACCGCUUUGAUAGAUGA